GUUUACAUCAGCCCGCAGGUGAAGCAAGGAAACGGGGACUUCGCUAAUUCCAGCUGGGCAAGAUGAAGCCUUUUGAUAUUUCAACAUACUUUUUAGAAGAAAUAUCCAAGGAUGAGGAUAUGUCCCCUGCCAUUGCGGCUAUGAAGGCCUUAACCGAGUCUCUGCGUAUGGAUGACUCAACAACAUUGCAGGAAUUCAUUGAAAAGAUGAAGGUAGCUCGAGAAACCUUGAGUAGGACAGACAUUUCAGUAGUGUCUGUGUCAUCAGGAUGUGAACUUUUCAUGAGAUUCAUCACACUUUCACACUUGGAGCUGGAACAAGCGACAGAUUUUGCUUCUUGUCGUGAAAUUCUACUGAGGAGAGGUGAAGACUUUGUGAGCAGCAUGCAGGAGAGCCGUAAAAAGAUCCUCCGUUCCAGCCACAACUUAAUCAAGGAUGGCAUGGUGAUCCUGACUCAUUCUAAAUCACGAAAUGUCUUGGCUGUGAUGGCAGAAGCAGCAAGACAGGGGAGACAGUUUAAGGUUUUUGUUACUGAAUCACAACCAGAUUGCUCUGGAAAGAGAAUGGCAGAAGACCUGAGAGCUGCAGGCAUACCAUGCACAGUGAUUUUAGAUGCUGCCGUGGGCUAUGUAAUGGAGCAAGUAACGAUGGUUAUGUUGGGUGCAGAAGGUGUGUGUGAAAAUGGAGGAAUUAUUAACAAGAUUGGCAGUUACUCUUUAGCAACUCUGGCCCACAUGAAACACAAACCUGUUUAUGUGUUGGUAGAGAGUUACAAGUUUCUUCGAACCAUCCCUCUCAACAAUGCUUCUCUCCCGAAAUCUUACUUGUAUAAAUCAUCAGUUCUGAAUUCCGGUGAAGACUUGAUACCAGAACACCCCCUUGUAGACUACACACCUCCAGAUAACAUAACUCUCCUGUAUACAGACCUGGGGGUGUUACCAACUUCUGCUAUUACAGAGCAUCUCAUUAAAUUGUACACAUAAGAAUAGGUAGUUAUUUUUUGGAGCGAUUUAUUAAAAUGUCUUGAUUUC